CAGAAAACCAUCCAAACCGACCCUAAAUAAAUAUGAAUUCAAAUUAAAGCAUUGGUUUUUGAUAAGGUGAAAAUACCAAAUGCGCCCCUAAAUUAUCGGACGGACGUAACGGUGUGCACACUGGAGUAGCUGAUCUGAUAAUAUAAUCUAACCAAGAAAAGAAGCAAAACAAAACGCAGCAAAUCUCGAGAGGACAACAUCGUCAUUUCAACUUUCAUCACUUUCCUGCUUUUGUUGCUGUUUUUCAGACGGACGAUAGAUUAGAUAAAUAACCAUUUGAUUUGAAGAGUCGCUCUUUAUAAAUCCAUUAUUCAUACAUAUCACUCUCUUCAUUUUUCUUUCGCCCACCCCACAACACUUGUCGCUAGACCAGCCAUGGACAAGAGAACUCCGGUGAGGAAGCCUCACACUUCUACGGCAGAUCUGCUCACUUGGUCGGAGAAUCCGCCGGAGUCUUCCCCCGCCACCGCCUCCUCCGCCCGCUCCCACCAGCCGUCGGAUGGGAUCAGCAAAGUCGUGUUUGGUGGUCAGGUUACUGACGAAGAAGUUGAGAGCUUGAAUAAAAGAAAACCUUGCUCGGGCUAUAAAAUGAAGGAAAUGACUGGCAGUGGCAUUUUCAAACCAAAAGGAGAAAAUGGAGCAUCAGAAUCUGAGGACGACAGCCAAACCCCAGCAAACAAAACUGGGCUGCGCAUGUACCAGCAAGCAUUGGCGGGUGUGAGUCAUAUAUCAUUUGCCGAAGAAGAAACUGUUUCUCUCAAGAAACCAAGUACUCUUCCUGAAGUUGCGAAACAGCGUGAGCUGAGUGGGAAUCUGGAAAGCGAAUACGAAGCAAAGUUGAAGAAACAAAUUUCUGAUGCCAAGAACAAGGAGCUCAGUGGCAACAAUAUAUUUGCUCCACCCCCUGAAAUUCAACCCCGCCCUUUGUCUGCUCGGGCUUUGGCAUUAAGAGAAAGUAUAACCAUUGGGGAACCCACAUCUCAUAAUGGUACGGAAGGUCAUGCCAACGGUGAGUCGAGCGAGCCAUCCGUGAUGAAGACAUCUAAGAAGAUUCCGAAUCAGAAAUUUUCCGAGUUGUCGGGGAAUGACAUUUUUAAGGGAGAUGGGGUGAGCAGUGCAUCGGCUGAGAAGCCCCUGAGUUCGGCCAAACUUCGGGAGAUGAGUGGGAGCAAUAUAUUUGCAGAUGGGAAGGCAGAGUCGAGGGACUACUUUGGUGGGGUCCGCAAGCCACCGGGUGGGGAGAGCAGCAUUGCCUUGGUGUGAGUGACUUGUGUUGUUAGGUCUGAGUCUGACUGAAAGAAGCCUUCUUCAACGUGCUUUGUUAAUUGUGUGUCGUCAUUGGUGAUUGGUGUUAUCUAUCUAGACAGCAAUUUUCAUUUUCAUUUUCUUCUUUUACGUUGGNNNNACAUAUUUUUAAUGGUAUGUAGAGUUGGCUAAUUGAAUUAGACCUCUCUCUGUGUCCUUGUGUGGUGGUGUUUGUGUUCCCAGGAUUGUUUUGUUUGCCCAUGAUUGUUUGAACGUAGCCAACUGAAUAUUUUCUCUCUCCUCUCUCUCUUUC